AUGAGCACAAAGUGGCGUGAAGGGUUGCUUAGCGAUGCGAAAACUUCUGAUAGCGCACCACCACGGGCCCUACUAAAUCCCCGAGCAAAUAGUCAAGGUGGCCCCAAUGCUAUCACCGACAUGGCGGACCAUAAAAUAAUCAACUUUUCUGACCCACGGUCUUCUGCCAAUUAUUUGAACCCUUUAGGUGGGUUUCCUCAUGGGGUCACAGUGCAAGAGCUUUAUGGCGCCUAUAGUAGUAGCACUGCAGCUCUACACUCAUCUUCUAUUUGUUCUCCUGAGGUUUCCAUCAAAAGCGCUAGCGCUAGCCCACAGGCUUUCUCUAACUCAUCAGAGAGCCCUCAAACACGCAAGACCGUAUCUCCGCUUCCUGUAGCCUCGUACCCCCAACUUGAGUCUGGUACAAACCUUGGUGCAGCGACCUUUGAGUCGAAUGAUCUCAUUCCUCCACAGCCUAACCCCCUUGUUUAUGCAUCUUGCCAACACCCGGAAAAACAUCCGGGUCUGGAAGAUGAACUGACCAAGGGCUAUCGCCGCUCCUAUUUAUGCACCGAGUGCCCCACGGAGUUUACCAGCCGCCGAACCCAUGACGACCACGUAUGGAGCGAACAUGGCAGAAAAAAUUACUCCUGCCCUAUCUGCCCAAGAAUGUUUGCGAGGUACGAUAAUCUAAAGCCCCAUAUAACUUCCCGUCAUGGUGCUGGUCGGCGACGACGUCGACACGCUUCACACUUUGGUGCCAAGGGUAAGGGCUUGACAGCACAGAUCCCGGUGUCCAACGUGCCCCCGUUCCAAUUCUUGGUACCCCACUCGACUCCCUUGUGUCAAGAUUCACAGGAAGUGGUGGAAACUUUGGGGCGAACCGGCCCACCGUUUGUAACCUCGAACGAAGCACCCAGCACACCAAGCUCGUCAAACUUCCCGACACUCUGCGUCCCUAGAGGAGGUACUAGCAGCUUUUAUGCAGAGAGUAACACAGGUACCGAUCACGCGGAGUUGUGGGAAAAACUUGGACAGAUGGAAAUAAGGCAGGGGCGACUUGAAGCUGAAUACUUGACGCUCCGUGGUGAGAUGUUGAAUUCACAGCUCCACGGCGAAUGA